CCCCAAGCUACUUGCAGCCUUCCUAAGCAUCGCACAAAGCCGUGCCACUCCCCUGUGCCUGACGACUGUUUUAGCAUCUUUGGAGCAUUGAAACCUCUCAGUUCAGGCCGCCAAAGUCCCCACCGCUACCCUUUCUAUUUAUCCCUGUCACCUCUCUCGAAACACGCCUCGGUCUCAACGCCCCUCCCAUCCCCUAUUUCAGGCCCUACAUUAACUCCGAGGACACUCCUGCACACUGACGCUGCCUCUACCAUCGCGACAGCCUUUCGCCAUCACAAGACCUGUAAUUUGACCGACGACAUAGCUCAACAUGGGUUUUCUGAGCAGGAAGAAGAAGGAACCAGUUGUGGAGGAGAACCCUUAUGCCAAUCCCAUCACGCCCUACCAGCAAGCCCGAAAUGACCUCGCUAAGGGUGCGAUGCCCGGUGGCCCCGGUGGUCUACCGUCGAACCCGCGCAUGAACUCGUACGGUUCCAGCCCUGCGCCUCCUCCCUACCAGAGCCCGGCGCCGGCGAGCAACAACAACCGCUUUGGAGAUAAUAAAUAUGGUAACCAGAAUGGGUACGGAUCGAACCGGUACGACAAUGACAACGCUUCAUCCUACAGCGCCAACUCGAGGCGUCCCGGUGGAUACGGCGGCUUUGGCGAAGAGGGAAACAACGAGCAGCUAUUCGGCGGUGCCGCUGGCCGCUAUGUGCCUCCAGAGCAGGGAUCCAAAGGUCCUGCUCCCUCCCAGUUCCAACCGAGUCGGUACAACAACGACAACUCGAAGGGCGCAUUACUUGGCAAUGCCCAAGAUCGAUACAAUCCGCUCCCUCCGUCUAACAGACAAGAGGGUCCGGCAGAGGACGAUGAGUAUGGAGGCUAUGGUGCACCUCGCGAGUUGACCGAGGAGGAAAAGGACGAGCAGGGAUAUCAAAAUAUCAGGUCCGAUAUCAAAAACGAGAGACGAGCCAUGGCAGACACCGCCGACCGCAUAAACCAAACAGCCGACACUGCUCUUGACGCUGCUCUGCACGGUUACGCUGAGCUUGGAGCGCAAGAUGAUAGACUGCGACGAGCGGAUCAAAACCUGAACUCAGCUGCGGCAUACAGUCGAGUUGCCGAGGACAAGACAAAGGAGCUCAAAAACAUCCAAAGCAUGUUCUCCGUCUUUUCUCAUACCUCGAACUCGAAAAUCAAGAAGCAGGACGCUGCAGUUCUUGAGCGACACCAGAUGGAAAAGAGGCAGCAAGAGGCUACGGCCCGCGGACAAUACAAGGCAACCGAAGAUAUGGAAGAGACAUUCAUGUCUGCCAACAAAUCCAAGCCUGGCUUGCUAGGAGCGAACGCCAACAAGAAGAAGUACGACUUCGUAGAUCUUGAGGACGGCGAGGACGAGGAUGAAUUGAGCGAAACAGAGAAGGACGACAUGCGAAGGACAAACGAUGCCAUGGAUGCAGUUCAGCAGAAGGUUCAAAGGAUGAACCUAAUCGCCAAGGGCAUGAACCGUCGCAUUACUGACCAGAACGAACUCUUGACUGAUAUGGCUCAGAAGAGCGAUGCUGUCGACGACCAUGUCCGUAUGAACCGCGAGAAGUUGAGCCGAAUCCGUUAGGACAACCAGCAUUAGGUAUCUGUGAAAGAUGGGCGCCUUCUUUCUACACCGCAUCAUCCUCGUCCGGGCAAGCCUUGUGGCCAGGCUCGAACCACUCCUCAAGCGUUGUUGGCAUUCACAGAGUUGUUUUGCUGGGGUCAUGAUUUGGUUCGCAAGCCGCGUUGUAGACGGCAUACGAAACGGUAGUUGUCGGACGGACUGGGCAACGAGUUUAGACUGUCAAUUGAGAUUGUGCCACAACAAGCAUUCACCGGUACUCUAAGAAAAGAGACUGUGUUGUCGUCUUUGUGCUUGACUGCAGUUUUGCGCAACGAGUCUGCCCCUGUCUCAAGAUCUUUGUCCGAGGCAUCGUCAUCAGAGCUAGGUACACGUAUCCAGGUGUUCAUGGAGUACUGAGCAUGUCUUCUUCAAGGCUGAGAUAUAAGGCGAAGCGCACAGUUUGCCAGAUAUGUGUAAACAAGUAUUUUCGGCGCUUAGUCUGCACAUCUGCCUUGGAAAGACCAUGUAGGUUGGAAGUAUUAAGUCUUUGGUGCGAUUCUUAUAGGCUCUCUUCACGAACCGGUAUGGCAUUACUAGAACAUGACUCCA